AUGUUAGCUAAUAAUCCAUACCAUGUUGAAAUGAAUGAAGAAGAAGACGAAGAAGAUACUAUUCUUGAAACAUGUUCACCUCCUCAAUUAUUGAAACAUUUUUUUAAAUUACAAAAUCAACGUUGUCAGACAUAUAAACAGUUGAAUAAUGGUCAAAACUUUUUCAUUCAAACAAAUGAUUUCAGAUGGUUUCGAUCAUUACUUCUUGAUAUUACAACGAUAUUUAAUCGUAUAUCGAGUGAAAUAAUCGAUAUUCGUAAAUUAUUUGAAAAAGAAAAUCAUUAUACUUCUAUUGUCAAACAUAUGGAACAGAUACAAGAUUAUGAGAAAGAUAAAUUACAAUUAACAAAUGAAUUAUUUUUAUGUCGAAAAGAAUAUGAAGAUAGUAAAAAGGCAACAGCUGAUAAUAAAAUUGUCGAUUAUGAUGAAGAAAUGAGGCAAACCGAUAUAAUAGAUAAGAAAAAGUCACAAUUAGCAAAAUUAAUUGAAAAUAUAAAUGAUACACUUGAAGAAUUGAAAUAUGAAUACAGUGAACUUGUUGAAAAUAAACAAAUCGACUAA